AUGGACAUUGCUCAUCCGUCUGUUGGGUGGGAGAGCGUGGGCGAUAAGUGGUUUCGCAAGACGCAGCUCUACACCGAGGUGUUUGACCAGGAUCUCGACCUCGACAACCAUAUUGUUGCCGGGGCACCCAACGGCGGUGCUUUAGCCAUCUAUCGUGAUGACACAAAAAUCCAAGCGUACAGAGCGCAGAAGUCUGCUAAGCCGAGUAUCGAUAUUUACAGCUAUGCCGGCAAAAAGUUACGCAGUAUUGCCUGGGAUAAAGGAUCCAUCAAGGGCAUAGGUUGGUCUGAAGAUGAGAGCCUCCUCAUCGUGACGGCCGAUGGUACCGUCAGGGUGUAUGAUCUUCAGGGCGAGUUCACACAGUUCUCCCUGGGGAAUGGUGCUGAUAAUUACGGUGUCACUUCAUGCAGGUUCUACGAUCAUGGCAUGGUGGCUCUGCUCACCAACAAUGCCCUCAUUUCUGUCACAUCAUAUUCGGAGCCACGGCCGAAGCUGCUUGCUUCACCGCCAGAGGGCGAGAUCCACGGCUGGGCCAUCAUGACUCCUGCCCAUACACUUUCACGGUCCAUCGAGGUGCUGCUCAGCAUUGGCCAGACCCUGUAUGUUGCCGACGCCACGGAAUGCGAGGAUCGUUUUCUCGAUAUAGGCCCCUUCAGCCACGUCAGUGUAUCCCCUGAUGGUGGCCUUAUCGCUCUCUAUACAGAGAGCGGCAUCGCCCACGUAAUUGCAAGCGACUUUCAGGAAAGACUCGUGGAAUACAGCAGCCACUCAAAGAUACCACCGAAGUAUGUCGAGUGGUGCGGCGCCGAUGCCCUCAUCGCUUGGGAGGACGAAGUGCAUUUGAUCGGGCCUGACAAUGCAUCCGCCACCUUCUUCUACGAUGGUCGUGUUCAUGCCAUCUCAGAACACGACGGCGCGAUCCUGUUCACAAACGACGUUUGUGAUUUUGUCGAGCGUGUACCACGCAGCACAGAGCAAGUCUUUGGCGCGAGAACAGAGUCAUCCGCCGCAUCGAUACUCCUGGAUGCUGUUGGCCAGCUGGAGAUCCAAUCUCCCAAGGCAGACGACUACAUCCAGCUCAUCAGACCAAAUCUGACAGAGGCAGUCGACACGUGCGUGAAUGCAGCCGGUCGCGAGUUUAGCGUGCACUGGCAGAAGCAGCUGCUCAAGGCUGCAUCCUUCGGCAAGUCGGUGCUCGACAUUUACAACAGUGAUGACUUCGUCGACAUGUGCGAGACGCUUCGUGUUCUCAAUGCUGUGCGGUUCUUCGAAGUCGGACUUCCCCUCUCUUUUGAGCAGUACCAGCGGCUCACACCGGAGGGUCUCAUCAACAGACUGCUCAGUCGUCACGAGUACCUUCUCGCCUUGAAAAUUGCUGGAUACCUCCACCUACCCACCGACCGUAUCUACGUCCAUUGGGCUUCAGCAAAAGUUCGCGCUGGGACUGAAGACGACGACACGAUCUGCCGCAUGAUUGUCGACCGUCUGUCGGGAAAGCCAGGCAUUUCUUUUGAAGAAAUAGCCCGCGCCGCCUACGAUGAGGGUCGCAGCCGUCUCGCGACCGAGCUGCUCAACCACGAACCACGCGGCGGCCGCCAGGUGCCUCUCCUCCUGAGCAUGGAAGAGGAUGAGCUUGCCCUGGACAAAGCCAUUGAGAGUGGCGACUCGGAUCUCACGCUGACUGUUCUUCUCGAGAUGAAAAAGAAAUUGCCCCUGGCCGCCUUCUUCCGCGUCAUCAACGCUCGCCCUGCCGCCACAGCUCUCGUCGAGGCUUCCGCUGCCCGAGAAGCCGACAACGCCCUCCUCAAGGACCUUUACUACCAGGACGAUCGCCGCAUCGACGGUGCCGGCGUCUUCGUGCGGGAGUCACUCCACCAGCCCGAUGCCCGCACGGCGGCUGACAAGCUGGCAUUGGCUGCGAAACUGCUGUCCGAUUCAAAGGAUUCUUCCUUUGAGGUCCGCGCGUUGAAGGAAGCGACGACACUUCUGAGGGUACAAGAGUCGUUUGACCGAGAUCUGACGGAUUCGUUCACUGGCUUGAGCGUCAAUGACACCAUGUUCAAGCUGAUUCGGCUGGGCUAUCACGGCCGCGCGAAGAAGAUUCAAAACGAGUUCAAGGUGCCGGACCGGGUCGCGUGGUGGAUUCGUCUCCGCGCAUUGGUUGCAAAGCGUGACUGGAACGAGAUUGAGGAGCUGUCCAAGACCAAGAAGAGUCCUAUUGGCUGGGAGCCAUUUUUCAAUUUGACCCUACAAGCUGGUAAUCCAAAGCUGGCCGCGGCCUUCAUCCCCAAGUGUACAGGGCUUGAGCCCGGGUCCACGGUGACCAUGUAUGAGAAGUGCGGCAUGCGAGUCAAGGCGGCAGAGGAAGCGGUGCGGCUCAAGGACGCGGAGGCGUGGGCGCGGCUGCUCGAGGCGGCAGGGAAGAACACGUCUGAAGGCAGAGAGAUUGAGAAGCUUGGACAGGCCGUGUUCAAGCGGUGA